AUGGAGGAGAGGAGUGAAGAGCAGCUCAGUUUCUCUGUGAGGGUCUUCACUCUGCAGGAGGAGCUGAGGGGUGAAGAGGAGCACAUGGAGGAGCAUGGGGAGGUAACAGAGGCCGCAGAGUCCUUAUCUGUGCAGCUACAAACUGUCUGGUCUGCCUUUUUUUUCCCUUCUAAUGCAGUUAGUAAGAAAGAGGUAACGAAAGUUUUCUUGCUUGUCAGAAAUUGGUCUGCCUUCCUUUAGAGCUUUUUUUCAGCCUUGACUUGUUUUGUUUUUAAGUGGUUUGGGUCGAAAUGAUGAAUAUGUAUCCCUUUUUCUGGAGUUAAGUUGAAUUUCAUGUGUUGUCUUUGCACUAUUUUUAAGUAAAAAUUGUAAAACUUUACUUACAGUGGAUAUAAAAAGUCUACACACCCCUGUUCAACUGCCAGGUUUUCGUGAUGUAAGAAAAUGACAGCAAGAUAAAUAUUUUCACAACUUUUUCCACCUUUUAUGUGACCUAUAACCUGUACAACACAAUUGAAAAACAAACUAAAACCUUUAAUUUAAAAUAAAAAAACUAAAAUAACCUGGUUGCAUAAAUAUGCACACCCUUAAACUAAUACUUUGUUGCAGCACCUUUGGCUUUUAUUACAGCACUCAGUCUUUUUGGGUAGGAGUCUAUCAGCGUGGCACAUCUUGAUGUGGAAAUAUUUGCCCACUCUUCUUUGCAAAACCGCUUCAAAUCUGACAGAUUGCGAGGGCAUCUCCUGUGCACAGCCCUCUUCAGAUCACCCAACAAAUGUUCGAUGGGAUUCAGGUCUGGACUCUGGCUGGGCCAUUCCAAAGUCUCAAUCUUAUUCCGAUGAAGCCAUUCUUUUGUUGAUUUAGAUGUGUGCUUUGGGUCAUUGUCGUGCUGAAAGAUGAAGUUCCUCUUCAUCUUCAGCUUUCUAGCAGAAGGCCGAAGGUUUUGUACCAACACUGACUGGUAUUUGGAACUGUUCAUAAUUCCCUCCACCCUGACUAAGGCACCAGUUCCAGCUGAAGAAAAACAGCCCCAAAGCAUGAUGCUGCCACCACCAUGCUUCACUGUGGGUAUGGUGUUCUUUUGGUGAUGAGCAGUGUUGAUUUUGUGACAAAUAUACCUUUUGCAAUGAUGCCCAAAAAGUUCAACUUUGGUUUCAUCAGACCAUAACACAUUUUCCCACAUGUGUUUGGGAGAUUUCAGAUGUCUUUUUGCAAAAUUAAGCCGGGCUUUGAUGUUUUUCUUUGUAAGAUAAGGCUUCCGUCUUGCCACCCUACCCCAUAGCCCAGACAUAUGAAGACAGCAGGAGAUUGUUGUCACAUGUACUACACAGCCAGUACUUGCCAGAAAUUCCUGCAGCUCCUUCAGUGUUGCUGUCGGCUACUUGGUAGCCUCGCUGACCAGUUUUCUUCUCAUCUUCUCAUUAAUUUUGGACGGACGUCCUGUUCUUGGUAAUGUCACUGUUGUGCCAUAUUUUCUCCACUUGAUGAUGACGGUCUUUACUGUGUUCCAUGGUAUAUUUAAUUCCUUGGAAAUUCUUUUGUAGCCUCACCUGACUGAUAUCUUUGAAUAAUGAGAUCCCUCUGAUGCUUUGGAAGCUCUCUGUGGACCAUGACUUGUGCUGGAAGAUGUGUCUACAAAAAUGUCAGGAAAAGCAACUAGAACAGCUGAACUUAAUUUGGGGUUAAUCAGAGGCACUUUAAUUGGUGACAGGUGUGUGCUGACUCCAAUUUAACCUGAGUUUGAAUGUUAUUGGUUAAAUCUGAACACAGCCACAUCCCCAGUUAUUAAAGGGUGUGCACACUUAUGCAACCACAUGAUCUCAGUUGUUUAUUUUUACUUCACCUCCCUGAAAGAUUUCUGUUUGUUUUUCAAUUGUGUUGUACAGGUUAUAGGUCACAUUAAAGGUGGAAGAAGUUGUGAAAUUAUUUAUCUUGAUUAGAUUUUUUUACAUGACAAAAACCUGGCAGUUGGGGUGUGUAGACGUUUUAUAUCCACUGUAUCCUUUUAUCAAUAAGUAAGAUUUGGGGGUCUUUGUCUUGCGGUUUGGUGGAGCUCGUUCUCAUUUGGUGUUUUAUAUCUUUGAAGGAGGUGGAUGAGGAGCAGCAGGUCAGAGUCUGCAGACAGAGAGGAGAGGAGGAGCUCACUCUGUUCCUCAGAUCAGGACAGGACUUUCAGGAGGUUACUGUGCAGGAUGGUAAGCUCACAAUUACGGGUUGUACUCUCUGUAGUCACUCUGACCCUCGAUAGAGUCCUCUGAUCAAUCACCCAGAGUUAUUUUAAAACACCCCGUGUUUUUUCUGUGUUUAUAGCGAACAGAGCAUCAGUCCACCAGUUCACAGUCUCCACAGAGUCUGAACAAUGUCAGGUCGGAGGUCAGUCCUUCCUGAUCACCGUCGACAAGUUGAGUCUCCUGCUGCAGUUCAAGACUCCAUCAGGUUUGUGCAGAUUAUCCCUUAGACUUCACUGAUUGGGUUAGUUUUUCACAGCAUGUUCAAUAAGUUCCCUUUUUGUUUUCCAGAUUUGAAGAAGUUCCUGCAGUUCCUGAGGAGAGAGACAAACGAGGAGUUGAGGAAAGGUUUCACAGAAAGAGGAGGCAGAGAAAAUGAGAGUGUAGAGACGGGGCAUGUCUUACCUGCACAGUGCUACGAGGUAAACCACUUUGCCGUGUGAAAGAAGAAUAAAUGGACACAAAGGAGGAGUUUGAUUUAUAUUUUUGUAUGUCUAGUUCCACAGCUGUCUGUCCCAGCAGCAGAGCCUCCUCCAGGACUUCCCGAGGAUCGCCACCUAUCACAAAGCUGUUUUAGACAAUGAGGCCGACUUCAGAGACAAGGUUAGAAAGGAGACUUAGAUACUUAGAUAAGCAAUUAAUUCCUGGCUCAAUCAUCCAGCCAAUCAAAUAAUGCUAGAUUGGUCAUGUGGCACUGACCCUAUUGGAAGAUUGAAUUCAAUUGAUUGCUUCUCCCUGGUUACCCAGAUGCAGAGUCGGUCUGUUUUACACUGAAUUUAUUGACACUGAAGUAUUUAACACUGAAAUUUUUUUUGUUGCAUUUUUUUUUAAGUUGAAUUUUUACUAAACGAAUAUUUUGAGAGAUUGAGUUUCUUUUACACUGAAUUUUUUUAAUCAUUGUGAAAAAAAAUACUGUCAGAAAUAAAAAUGUGUGCUUGAAAUUCAGUGGUUUUAAAAUUCAAAGUCUUAUUUUGAUGAAAAAAAAAAAACAAGACUCAGCUUUAGAAAUUCAAAUUCAAAAUCAGAUGGCACAGUUUUACUUCCAUACUUGUUCUAAGAGUCUAACAGCACUGGAAAAAUGAUCCCUGCAAAGACAUUAUUAUUAAUUAAAAGAAGCCUUUUAUUCACUUCUUUCAAAGCUACCUGACUCAUUUUACAGACACUUCACAACACAGGAGUUGCUGCUGUGCGUCUGCUUACAAGAGCGAAAAAUAAUAUAACAAAGCAAUUGAAGUUAGAACAACAACUUAUGUUUCUUUGCACGGGAGUUGCUGUUCUACCUCAACAUUUAUUUAUUUAUUUUUUUUUGGGGAAAUGCAAGAUGCUUUAUAUGAUUACAAUGGCUCAAAUAAAACAGCACCAUGAUGCAGAUAAAAUGCAUAGAGCAAUGAAUGAUGUUGCACAACAGUGACUCUAUAGUUUUCCUGUUAGUAAUUGGAGUUGUUGGUUUACGUCUGCUGAAUUUGUUGAUUUUUUGCUAUAUUGCAUUGGAUUAAACAGUUACAAGCAUCUCUUUUGUUAAACAUAAAUUAAUUGGACACAUUUGAUUACCAAGUUUGUGCUGCAGCCACUACAGCCUGUUUCAUGCCUGCAGGUUGAAGAAAUCCACUUAAGCAAUUUCAAAUCACCCCAAAUUUUUCUGAUCUCUGAGCUUAGGUUGAAAAAUUCAGGAAUAUUGUGGUUUGGCUUUGGUUGGCAAUAGUAUUUACAUUCGCCGCCCUUACAUUUUAUGAUGAAUAAUUUCAAUAAAACACAGUAACCUGCUUCUUUCUCCUCUCUGUAGGUGGUUCUGGAUGUGCGUUGUGGUUCUGGUAUCCUGUCUUUCUUUGCGGUCCAGGCUGGAGCCAGCAGAGUUUAUGCUGUGGAGUCCAGACCCAUGUCCAAGUUCACACAGGUCUGUCCUCUAUCUUCGGAGUUGUUUGUCUCAUUCUGGUGUUUGUUACUGGACCUCUGGGGUCUCCAAUUCGCUGAAUUUCUCAGUUAUGAGUUUGUAGAGUGAUAUUUAGUGUGUGUUGGCCGUUAUAAAGCCUAAAGAGAAACCUCAGCAGCGCUCUGGAUGGAGCACACACACAGAGUACAUACAUCCCGUGCAGAGCGUGGCAUUCUGGGGAGUUAAUGGGUUGCGGCAACAUCUGGCCCUGAAUUCAGCAGGAGGGGGGCCACACUGCGGAGAGAUGCUGAUGCACAUUAGAGAUACUGUAAGUGGAUUAAAAAUGUCUGCAGCAGCUCUGAGUCCAGAAAGAGCUGCUAUAAAUUAACUUAAGACUCCUUGUCACCCAUCUACAUAGUAUUAUAGAAAACUGGCAUUCAAAAUUCUUUCCUUAAAAACUGCGGUCUUCGUCUCCCGGAUUAUCCAGGAACCACUGCAAUAGUAAUUUCUGGUAAUAUGUUUAACUCUUGAAGUGAAUUUUCCAGAGCUCUGAACAAAACAAACAUGAAUGGGGGUAUUCAUGACAAAUGUGGUUGGCAGACACAGAUGAAAGAUAUUUACUAAAUGUACAUGAUGAACCUUUACAGCAUAAAGUAUGUAGAAGGAUUUGAUUCAAUAUGACAGUGGUUCUCAAGUCCAGUGGCUCCAACACACCUGAUUCAAAUGAUCAGCUCGUUAGUAAGCCAUUACAGAGCCUGAUAACGAACUGAUCAUUUGAAUCAGGUGUGCUGGAGCAGGGAUAUUCAUUAUAUUAUUAUUCAUUCGUCACAUAGCAACACAACACACUCAUAGAGUGAUGACUGAAAUGUUCAAACAGGGAAAUCAUGAUGUAUUAUGACUGCUUUAUUUCCUGUCUUCUGUGUAGAUCCUGGUUCAGAGUAACAGUCUGUCUGAGCGGAUCAGGGUCCUGGAGGGGGAUCUAGAGGAGGUCACCUGUCCUGAGAUGGUGGAUGUGAUCAUCUCUGAGCCAAUGGGACACAUGCUCCUCGGUGACAGAGUCCUGGAGAGCUUCAUCAGGGCCAGAAAAUGGCUGAAACCAAAUGGUAGGAGGGGGGGACGUCAGAAACUGUGGACUCAGAAUAUGAAAAAAUUAUAUAGUGAAUAAUAAAGUGACCGAAUAAAAGAGUGAAAUCUCUCACAUUCACCCUGCAGGUCUGAUGUUUCCCUCCUGUGCUGAUAUCCAUCUGGCUCCCUUCACUGACGAGCAGCUCUACUUUGAGCACCAUGCACGAGCUAGUUUCUGGUCUCUCGCACACACACACACACACACACACACACACACAUGUUUACACAGGCAUAAAUCCAUGCAUGAGGACGCAAACACACUGGCUCCCUUUCUCUCUCUCUCUCUCAGAAACACUGGUUCCCAGCUCGACCUCAGUCAGGCUUGUUUCCUGUCGGGUGUAAAACGCUCGGGUUCAGUUCAGUCCUGACUCAGUCCAAACGUUUGACUGGCUGAAUCUGCUGCAGGACGAUCUGCCAGGGCUGAAACUUUCACCUAGAUAUUACAUUAAUAGAUCAGUAUCAGAGGUGGUCUUUCCUUUUGUGGCAUGCAGCGUCCUACCCCAAACUGAAAACUAACAUAUCAUAUCUUAGUGUUAAGGCUCUGUUUUAAAGUAUUACUUCAAAUAAUAACUGGCAGCAUCCUGAGACAGACAGUCAUGCCAUAUCAUACUAAUCUAACCGUACUGCAUCAUGAGUAGUGCAUAGUAUCUGAUCGUAUAGAAGUGUUUCGUAGUGUAACGUAUCAAAUCAUAUCUUAUCAUGAGUUAUAACAUAUUUUGUCAUAACACAUUAUCUCAUAUCUGAUUAAAUUGUUUCAGUCACAUGUUGCAACGUAUCAUAUUAACUGUAUUGUGCUUUAUGACAUCAUAACUUAUGUAAUCGAAACUUACCAUACUAUAUACAGUAUAUAUCAUAAGUGAACACAUCACACUGUAUUGUGCUGUGUCAUAUCGUAUCAUGUCAAAUCAGAUCGUAUCAUAUCAUAUUGUAUCAUGUCAUGCUGUAUUGUUUCCUCUCGUCUGGUGUUGUGUCAUGUCGUGUCAUGUCAUAUAAUAUCAUAUCGUAUCGUAUCGUAUUGGAUCUUACCAUACUGUACGGUACCGUAUCAUGUCGUAUCAGAUCGCAUCAUAUAUUGUUUCAUGUGAUGUCCUAUUGUAUUGUAUUGUAUCAUAUCGUAUCACAUUGUAUCAUAACGUAUCGUAUCAUUUCAUAUCAUAUCGUAUUGGAUUGUAUCAUAUCGUGUGGUGUGGUGUGGUGUUGUGUUGUAUCAUGUCACAUAAUAUCAUAUCAUAUCGUAUGGUAUUGGAUCGUAUCAUACCGUACUGUACUGUACCAUAUCAUGUCAUAUCAGAUCGUAUCAUAUAUUGUUUCAUGUCAUGUCGUAUUGUAUUGUAUUGUAUUGUAUUGUAUCAUGUAGUGUAGUGUGGUGUUGUGUCGUGUCAUAUCGUAUUGUAUCGUAUCAUAUAGUAUUGGAUCAUAUCGUAUGGUACUCUACCAUAUUGUAUCGUGUGGUGUGGUGUGGUGUUGUGGUGUGACAUCGUAUCAUAUUGUAUCGUAUCGUAUUGUAUUGUGUGAUGUGGUGUUGUAUCGUAUCGCAUCGUAUUGUGUCGCGUCGUAUCGUAUCUUAUCGUAUCAUAUCGUGUGGUGUGGUGUUAUAGUGUGUCAUAUCGUAUCGUAUCGUAUCGUACUAUAUCUUAUCGUAUCAUAUCGUAUUGUAUUGUAUUGCGUGAUGUGGUGUUGUAUCGUAUCGCAUCGUAUUGUGUCGCAUCGUAUCGUAUCUCAUCGUAUUGUAUCGCGUGGUGUGGUGUUGUGUCGUGUCAUAUCGUAUCGUAUCGUAUUGGAUCAUAUCGUACCGUACUGUACCAUAUCGUAUCAUGUCAUAUGGUAUUCUCUCGUCACGUAUCAUGUUGUCUUGUGCUAUUGUUUGACAUUAUAGCCUAUUAUACCAAAUUAUGUCCGGAAUCCGGUCCGGUACGGAAAGUAUUACAUAUUCAUUUUUUUAUGAACCAGAGAGUAAUCGAUCAUAUUUAUCAUACUCAUCUUUAUAUAUCUGUUAUUUAACAGCUCAGUGGUUCACAUAAUGUCAUCAUGUAGUAAUCAUCAUUAACUUCACUCAGUCUUUUAAAUCUAACCCAACUUUUAUCUUCUACGAAAGCUAGGAUUCAUUUUUCUUUUCCAUGUGCAAACAAAAUAGCCUCUGCUGAUUGUGUGCGUGUGUGUGCAGUGUUUGGGUGUGUGUGUGUGUACCAUAUGGUGUGUGUACACUCUCCCGCUCCACCUCUAUGUGCAGGUCAGGCUCAGUCGACCUUGAGGAAUGAAGGUGAACUAAACUGAUUUAGCAUGGACUGCAAAAACAAUAAGAGAGUCUGCAGGAAUCACAGACGGAUAAACACAAAUAGAGGAUACUGUCAGAUACCAUAUAAUAGUGUAAACCAUCUCUCUUUUAAUAACUUCUGUGUUCAUUUUUCUCUCCUCAGGCAACAGAGAAACUUCUACGGCGUGAACCUGAGCGCUCUGCACGGCCCUGCAGUGGACGAGUUCUUCAGACAGCCUGUAGUGGUAAAAACACAAGCCCUGAUGCUGAAACAGUACUGAAAAUUAUUCAGAAAACAUCUGAAAUAUUUCCAGAGAGAUGCACUGGGUCAGUUCUACCCUGAGGUCUGCCUGACAGGCAACAUUCAGAGAAUUAAAGACCCAUUAAAUCCAUCGUGGCUGAAGCUGAAGCAUUUAUAUCCAACAGGUUUUACCUUUUUAAGUAUAAUGUUUUUUUAAAAAUUGUCCUGACUGUAUCUUUUAGGACUCUUUUGAAGUUCAGAUUCUGAUGGCCCGGUCAGUCAAACACAGGAUCAACUUCAUGGAGGCUACAGAGGAGGAUCUACAAAGGUUAGAAACGGCCAGAGAUCAUUUCUCAAACUUGAGAGGAAGUUCCUUUUCUUGAUUGAACAUCUAUUAGCAGGCAGACACGGGUUAUUUCAGGCUGUUUGGAGGUUUUUGAGUCAUGUGUGAAUAUCUAUGUCACCCUCUCAGGGUGGAGAUCCCCUUCCUGUUCACUCUACUUCAGUCCAGUCUCGUUCAUGGACUCGCCUUCUGGUUCGACGUGGCCUACCUGGGAUCCAGGUGAGACCCAGACUCCUGUCACCUUGUUGGUUAGUAAAACUAAAACAGUUAGGUUCUGUCUGUCAUCAGGUCAUCAAUUUGGCUCUCCACCUCACCCUCUGAGCCGCCCACUCGCUGGUCUCAGGUCAGGUGUUUGCUGCAGACGCCACUCUUCGUGAAGGUGGGGCAGACGCUGUCAGGGACUGUGCUGAUGAUUGCAAACAGCAGGUAAACCUGAGGAUUUAUCUGCCUGAUUCUGUUAGAGAGAAGCCCAUUUUUAGUCUAAUGACCUUCUUUUUGCAGACAGAGUUAUGACAUCCACAUCACAGCCACAGUUGACCAAUCAGGAUUCAGAUCUGGAAACAUCCUGGACCUUAAGAACCCUUUCUUCAGGUGAUGUCAACAGUUCAUCCCGGAUGUAUUUAAAGCUGGGAUGGUACGAGAUCACUUUUGUGUCAGGUUUGCAUUGAAAGGCAUGACAAAACAGUAAAAGUUUGCAAAGAGCAAUCAAAAGAAAACUAAGUAGAGCUAAUCUAUAAAAGAUUCAAAUGAGAUCAGAAGUUUGGUUUUCUAUUUUUAUUUUAUUUAACUUUUAUUUAACCAGGUUUGUCCCAUUCAGAUCUGAGGAUCUCAUUUGCAAGGGAGACCUGACCAAGAAUGGCGGCAAUACAUGGUUACAACAAACAGUCACACAGACUCAAUACAGAAUGAAAAUGUGAGUAAACAUCAGUUAAAACAGCGACAUUCUGAGAGUUUGUACUCCAGCCUUUUAACUGCAGAUUUAAAAAUAGUCAAAGACACAAAGUUUUGCAGCUUAAAUUCAGUCUGCAGAUUAUUCCACACAGAGGAGGCAAAGAACCUGAAAGCCUUCUUUCCCAUUUCAGUUCGGACUCUGGGAACAACAAACUGUAUAAAUCUUAAUGAUCUCAGGUUGUGUAAUCCAUCCUUAAUGAUCAAUAACAGCUUUUUUCUCUGACAGUGUUUCUUGUGAUGCUCUUGUCGAUGAAAACAACAUGAGUUUACUUUUCUCCACAUGAAGCACGGGUUGCAGCUGCCUAAGCUGAUCUUGGACCAAAAGCCAGCGCAGGUGUUGGUGCACAGCAAUAAAUGACUGUAUCAUCUGCAUAGAAAUGAAUAUUUGCAUUUGGAACAUUUUGUCCCAGGGCGGUUGACAUAUAUUGUAAAUAAGAGCAGUCCCAGAACUGAACCUUGAGGAACACCCUUGUGAAUUUGAAGUACCUCUGAUAAGAGGCCGUAUGACUGAACAACAGAUAAUUCGCAAACAAGAAGCUUUAAGACGGUCUAAUAAUGAAACAAACACACCACAUUGGCAUCCUCACGUGGUAAAAAAAUCAAUUAGGAGAGAGUCUGAAAUAUUUUUUUGUGUAAAAAAAUCAGCUGUUUAAUAGGAAAACACUUUCAAGAGUGUAUUUACGACACGCGCACAGCACCAUCUUGAGUUUACGACAGUUGUGACAUCACCGGUUGUGUAGGAACAGAGCGGUGAAAUAGUAAUUAGUGUACGUGACUCAAUCGCUUAGCAAUAAGAUGUCGUAGGACGUAUUUGAAAUGGAUAUGAUGGAGGUCUAUUGAUAUAUAUUAUAAAUAAGAGCGGUCCCAGAACUGAACCUUGAGGCACACCUUUGUGAAUUUGAAGCACCUCUGACAAGAGGCUGUAUGACUGAACAGCCUGGGUUCUGCCAGAGAGAUAAUCCACAAAACCACCUGACUGCUUGUUCUGAGAACCCAGAAGCUUCUGGGCCUAAUAAACGGCCUAAUAAAAUACAGUAAUCCACGGUGUCAAGAGCCUUAGAAAAAUCAAUGAAGAGAGAAAGACAACACUGCUUGUUGUCUCUAGGAUAUCAUUCACUACCUUCAUUGCAGCAGUGGUAGUGCUGUGGUUCUUCCUAAAGCUGGACUGACAUUGAGAAAGAAUAGAGUUACAGGCCAGGAACUCUUUCACCUGGUCACUGACCAAUGUCUCAAGCGCUUUAGAUAAUACAGACAGUUUAGAUAUUUGGUUUCAAAUCCAAAAGGUCUGAGUUCAGGUCAAAAGUUCAAAUGUGUCAUUUCUGGAUGCAAAAGUUGAUUAAUUCCGAGAGUUGUUCUGUGGUUUCUAUUUGGUUGAGGCAUAAUUGGCUGCUUUGUGUUUCUCUUUUAAAUUUGUUCAGUCUGACAGUAUAGUAAAGACUGGAAGGGGACCUCUGUGACCUCAAUAAACAUCCCUGCAGUAAACAUGAAAACAAAAACUGAAGCUGUGCCUUUGUAUGCAGGAUACCGUCAUGGUUCCACAGUUAG